AUGUUCAAGGAACUUCCCGAUAGGGCCACUUGGGCAGAAUACUACCGAGUGAUUCCUGAGCCUCGCUCCUUGCAUGGAAUAAGGGAAAAAUUAGGAAAAGGGAAAUAUAAAUCCCCAGAGGACCUCCACUCCGACUUGGAGCUUGUCUUCGCGAACGCUAUACACUUCAAUGAGGAAACCUCCGUCAUUAGCAAUGAUGCCCGAACACUCCAGGGCGUUUUAAGCAAGGAAUGGGAAACUUCGGUGACAGCAGGGAUGUUGCCCAAAAUUGAAGCAGAAGCCGAGUCCUCCAACGAACCACAGCGACAACAACCCUCUCGAGCUUCACGUACUCGCGACAUUGCACCACCUGCAACACCUGUCAUUCGCAUACCUAAGAAAGCAGGCGUCCCCAUGGCCAGUACUUCGAGAAACACGACUAUAACCCCUGUUCCUCAGCGCACUGUUACGCCUCAACAACAAUCAACUCCCCAACCUCAACCAGCUCAGCAACUGCCCGUUGCACAACCAACCCCAGUUGCGACUGUGAUUAAAAAGCCCCCAGUACCGAUAGUUCCGGUGGUAGUGCCUGUACCCCCUAACCUCCCAGUACCCGCUUCAGUGGAACCUGAAGAGGACUCAGCCGCAGCCGGAUUAGUUCGCGAUAAGAAGGGGGACGAACUCGUUUCUCAGCUUGAAGCAAGCUUUCCUGGUUGGCCGGGCCCAGGUCUGGGCGGCUGGAUGGAAUUACCCCAGUCGAUUGAUCUCUGGGAGCAUUGCUCUUCAAUAUUACAAAAGCUAAAGAGUUUUAAAGAUACCAGCGGAGACUUUGCGUUUGAUGUUUUCCAACGCAUGCCUGAGGAAACUACCAAUAAGACACUAUCGUUUAGUGACCCAAUGUCGGUCUCGGUGAUCGAGAAUAAACUUAAAGCCAAGGCCUAUACUUCGUCGGCAGAGUUUGACAAAGAUAUAUUUAAGCUCUUUGAAAAGGCGAGAAAAUGGCACGAAGAAGGGACAUAUCCAUAUGGCCGCGUGCUUGUACUACAGUGUGUUUGGCAAGCACUUACCUCGUCCAAACCAGAGGACAUGCAAGUGGACGUUACUCCAUCUAGCUCGAUAGCGUCCGACUCCGCAGAGUCCAUAACCUUCAAAGGAAUCACGUACCAUAUAGGAGACUGGGUUCAUCUCUCGAAUAAAGAUGUUCCACCUAAACCAAUUGUCGCUCAAAUUCAGCGAAUUGAUAGGUCGGACCCGGCCAAAACACUCAGUCUUACUUGGUAUUCUCGCCCCGAGCAGACAAUCCAUAACGCCACACGGUCAUUUUGGGAGCACGAAGUAUUCAAAACUAACUUUACAUCAACCAAUUCCAUCCAAGAGAUUAUCGAGCCCAUCGCAUGUCAGUUCUUCCCGAAGCAUAUUCGUGGUAGACCCAGUCCCCCAAUGUGGUACCCUGGUCGACCGCUUUACGUUUGCGAGAGCCGCUACGACUCUGGCUCAAAGACAUUCUCGCGUAUUAAAAAUUGGUCGAGCUGCAUACCUGAUGGCUUACGAAAGGGAGGAGAUGGGCUGGGAGUCAAUGGGGGUGGAUGGGAAUACAUGCCAAUUUCCAAGUUCGACAAUAACCACACUGUUGUCCCGCGAAAACUUCCAAGCCCAUUUUUAAAAGGAGUUGCGGGGAUAAAAAAGCGAGGACACGGUGGACCUGCCGCCCCUGGGCCACAGAAGGAUAGGUCUGUGAUCACUGCCGCAGGCGGACAGACUGUCAUCCCAACUUCAAUGGUCGAGGUUCUUCUCGAUGACACAGUACAGCAUUUCGAUCGUGAACCUUACACAAACCAACUUUUAUGGUUCUCUGGAGCCCCCAUUGAGACCCCUCGAAUCCGUCACCCAAAACAUAGUCUAGACUACUUGUACUUUCUAGCACAACAGCAGGAAAGGCGUCACCGAGGUGAAGAAAUCGAUGAAAGCAAGCGCAAAGCAGCGGUCGCGUUACCCAUCAGCGUUGAGCUAUCUAAAUUGUACAAGGAAGCUUUUGGCUCUCAGCUCAGUGGGCUUUCAUCCGAACAAAGUGGACAACAAGACGAUGUGGAGAUGAGUUCAUGA